CCCUAGCUAGGACUCAUAUUAGUACUUGUCACAACUCUUUCAAAGGAUCGAGAAGCUAGCCAACAGCUAGAGAAAGAUGGGCACAGCUCUGACGAAAUCUUCUUCUUCCGGAAAUGAAGAAAAGAAGGGCAAAGAAAUCGAUCCGAAAAUAUUAGGAAGUUGCUACGAUACGCAUAUUGCAAAUUCCCCAAAGGAGUGGACGUUUGCUGAAUUCUACAGGGUAGUAUGCGACACGGUCGAGGAAAUCAAUAAACAACUUGGUUGCACACAAAUUCUUGUACCAAAGGCUGACAAACUCCAAGACGCCUAUAAAAAAUACCACCCAGGUGAAGGAAAGUUGACGAAGGAUGAGUUUCAAAAGAUCUUCCAAGAAGUGGUUUCGGGCACAGGGGUUGCUGGCAUUGGAAUAAAGGAUUCAGUACUCUACAUCUUUGGUGUCCCAUUAACUGCAUGGGCGGUCAAGCAAAGAGUACUGCCACGAGCAAUUCCUAAUGAAAUUUUCAUCCCAGUCGCCACUUCUGUCACUGUCUUGAUUAUGGCAAAACUUAAUAAGUUAUGAAAUUAAGACCAUAUUACAUUGGAACUACUGGGUUUUCUUCAGUUGAUUUCAUAAUUUAUUGGCGCGCCAUGAGUACUGGUAAUUAUUGAAAUAUAUAUAUAUAUAUAUAUCUAUAUAUAUAUAUAUAUAAUGCCUCGCUUAGAAGCAUGAGCGAGGAUCUCAUAUUAGUCGAUCGACUGUAAUACAUAAUCUCUGCUAAGCAGUGCUUGUUAAAUUUAUGAUCUCAUGGAUUAAUGGAUAUAUAGCAAUAAUAUGUGUGUGCUUCUAUUA